CAGAACAAACCCCUAACAGGAGGAGACUCACUCAUGGCCUAUGAGACAGAGGAUCAUGAGACUCAAUACUGCUUUCCUGCCAUCAACUCUUCAUGUAUCAAGGGAAAACGCUCCAGACAUGAAUACUAUAUCAUGUAUGUGUUUUUUUCAUUACUGUCAGCAUGGACUGUGUUUCUGAAUCUGCUGGUGAUCAUCUCCAUCUCUCACUUCAAGAAGCUUCACACUCCAACCAACCUGAUCAUUCUCUCUCUGGCUGUGGCUGACAUGCUCGUUGGACUUAUUGUCAUGCCUAUAGAGGCUAUCAAGUUGAUUGAGACGUGCUGGUACUUCGAAGACACUUUCUGUAGACUGUUUAUGUUAAUCCUGGGAUUGCUCCUCUCAGCAUCUCUCAGUAAUUUAGUUUUAAUUGCUGUUGAUCGUUAUGUGGCUGUGUGUCACCCUUUAAAGUACCCACAGAAAGUAACCAUGACUAGAAUGUUGAUUUUUGUCUGUCUUUGCUGGUUUGUUUCUUCAGCCUAUAACAUUGCAAUUGUAAUAAGUAUCCCACAUAGAACAGAUCUGUGUUAUGGUGAAUGUAUUAUUAUGCUUACGUUUGAAUGGAGAGUAACUGAUUUAAUAUUCUCCUUUCUGUUUCCUUGUACCCUGAUUAUAACUUUACAUUUAAGAAUAUUUUAUGUUGCACAAAAGCAAGUGAAAGUCAUAAACUCUCUGAUGAAGAGUGGUAAAUCUGUAACGGAAGGUUCAGUGAAGAGGAAAUCUGAGAGUAAAGCUGCUCUGACAUUAGGGAUCAUUGUGGCAAUUCAUCUGCUUUGCUGGAUUCCAUACUAUAUCUUGACUCUAACUGAAAACGCAGCAAUCCCACCCACCAUUUUCUAUUGUCUAAUAUGGGUCUUAUAUGUUAACUCAUGUCUGAAUCCUCUGAUCUAUGCUUUAUUUUACCCCUGGUUUAGAAAAUCAGUUAAACACAUCUUAACUUUUAGAAUUUUUCAGACAGCAUCCUCUCGAGUCAAUAUUGUAACAAAUCAGUAG